GUAAAACCCAGCGCGUGUGCCUUAUCGUGGAUUACUCGACGUGUUUCACCUGCAGGAUCCGCAUAGCCUGCCAAACAUGUCUCGCUACCAUGUGUCUGUGCCAGUGAGCCUGAUAUAUCCAAAAUAGUAGCCUGUGUAUGUAUGUAUAGUCUCAACAGGGUUCUACGCUCGCGUUUCGUCAGGGAUAGUAUGUCGACAAAGUCGUGGUUGGCACAGCAUUCACGGAUCUGGUUUGCAGUGCUAAAACAAGUGGCCGCUUUGGUUGCGGUUGCAAAUACGAUGCAUGCAGCUGAUCAGCAAGCCGUCAGAGGAAGCGGCAGUAACAAGCUGUACCCUUAUCACGACAUCGCCACGCCGACACGGACAAGACUCGUCUCUACUGGCGAAUUGUCGUGGUGCAUCCCAAUAUGGCGUCGUAUCCGUGAUUGCACUUAAUCUGGCUCCCUGAGUCGCCGGCCGCUGUAGAGUCUCGUACCGAGUAGCUAGAGCGCCCAAGAAAUAUGGGUAAAGUAGUCGCCAUGAUGAAUGGCGUCAUAGGGAAAGACAU